AGCUGUCUGUCACCCGUCAGCAGCCGUGCAGCUCCUCACCUCUCCUUCCACGCUGCGACCGCUUUCGUCGGCUUUUAAUGACACGAGCGUCCGCGGGGAAGUGAGUGGGAGCCUCUGCCGUCAGUGUCGCGUCAUCGCUCAGACUCAGGAGAGAUGGCGAAGAAGACUUCAUCCAGAAAGACUCUGAAAAGUUUGUUCUCCCGCAGCGAGGCCAACCUGGACGCGUCGCCGGUGAAGGAUGUGACCAAAGCCGAGAGAGAGAAGAAGAAAUUCAAGUUGUUUAAGUUUAAGACGAAGUCGAAGAACGAAAGCCUGGAGGCGCUGGGUGAUGCUGAGCCCAACCACACAGCUGAGGAUGGAGAAGCCUGGGAUGCCGACAAGAGGACCUCUCUUUAUGCCACCACAUCCAGGUCAAAGGGCAAAGAAAUCAGCUAUUCAGAGAUGGACCUCCGUAAGCCCAAAAGGUUUGCCACAUUUUCCUUUGGUUUUAAAAAGAAGAAGAGGAGGAAUGGAGACACUAUGUCUAAGAGCCUGCACGGACUCCACAACUCAGAUAUUGAUGAAGAUGACGAGGCUACUAUGGAUCUCAGUCAGGUGGAGCUGGAUCAAGGGGACGUAAGGGCCAUGUUCAGUAUGUCUCAACCGGAACUUGACAAGAUCCAUAAAUUUGACAUCCCGUCUCCUCCCCCUGUGGACACAAACCCUUUCGACUCAUACUUUGCUGUGUCCGACCAGUCAGAGUCAAAUGUCACGACGGACGCACCGAUUGAAUCAAAGCAGCCUCCAGGUGACUUUCAUUCCUUAGAAAUACCAACAGCAACCGUCCAUUCCAUUCCGGAGUUAAAUGACAACAACGUCAGCAUUCCUGUUCAUGAUAACAUGUCCAAAGGUGAUGCAGAGAGUAUUUAUCUUGCUGAUAACAAGGCUACACCCAGUCUCCCAGCUACCCAGCCUCCAGUCAUGCUUCACACCACGGAUCACAAAGCAGCAGCAGCAGCAGCUGAUUCAGGCUUCUCAAGCAAUGGCCUUUGUGAUAAUGAUACUCUCCAGCAGCCUUACACAAAAACAAACAUCUCACCUACUGAAUCCACUGGUGUUACAUUAACUGGCGCAGCUGGAAGCACAGCUCCAAGUGGGGAACUCUCCCUGAGAAGUGCUGACUCACUAACAGAGUCGUCCGCCACUCCUCGAGCUGAGACUGUCACAGCCGCUUUGAGCACAGCUCCUGCUACCUUCCAUGAAGAUGUCUCCAGAUCUGCUCGAGAAAUUACCAAAAGUGUCCCCACAACUUCGGCUAAAAGGAGCGAGAAGAGUCCCCGACUUUACAGUGAGAAUGUGGUUUAUGGAGCGUUGUACGACUCACUUUUCCCUCAGAGCUUCUCCUCCGAGGUGAUCUCGUCCAUCUCAAACUCACCACCUCAAAACUACACCAAAAGUAGUCAUUUGAGCACCAAGUCGGAGGCCAUCAUGGUUAAAACCUCGAAUGAAAGUCACUCAGAAAUGAACGUCUCGUAUUCUCACCUGUCAGCUUCACAAAUUGGCACUCAGAGUAGUCUUCCAAGCCCCAAGUCCCCGCCCGUCAUGGUCAAAACCCUAAACGAAGGUACCUCAGAAACUAACGUCUCGUACUCUCGCCCGUCAUUUUCAUACGACAACGAAAGUAGCCUUCUGAGCCCAAAGUCUCAGCCUGUCAUGGUCAAAACCUUAAAUGAAUGUAACACAGAAACCAAUGUCUCAUACUCAAACAUGUCAUCGUCACGUGACAAUAAUGGCAAAAUGGAUUUUGCAGAGAGUAGUUUCUCAAACCCUUUGCCUUCCACCGAAAGUAGCCUUCUGAGCCCAAAGUCCCAGCCUGUCAUGGUCAAAACCCUAAAUGAAUGUAACAUAGAAACCAAUGUCUCGUACUCUAACUUGUCAUCUUCUCGUGACAUUGAUGGCAGAACGGAUUUUGCUGAGAGAACUUUCUCAAACACUCAAUCAGGCACUCAAAGUAGUCUUCCGAGCCCAAAGUCCGAGCCCGUCAUGGUCAAAACCCUAAACGAAGGUACCUCAGAAACGAACGUCUCGUACUCUCGCCUGUCGCCUUCACGUGAUAUUGAUGGUAGAAUUGAUUUUGCAGAGAGUACUUUCUCAAACCCUCCGACUCCCACCCAAAGUAGCCUUCCGAGCCCCAAGUACCAGCCCGUCACGGUCAAAACCCUAAACGAAGGUACCUCAGAAACGAACGUCUCGUACUCUCGCUCGUCAUCUUCACGUGUCACCGACAGUAGCCUUCUGAGCCCAAAGUCCCAGCCCGUCACGGUCAAAACCUUAAACGAAUGUAACACAGAAACAAAUGUCUCAUACUCAAACUUGUCAUAUUCUCCUGACAUUGAUUCUCCCUUUUCCCAAACCUUGACUCCUACUGACUUUCAAACAGACAUCCACUACAGUUACCUCCCUUCCUCUCCACGUUCACCUGCUGAACCAGUUGCUAAAAACAUUCCUUACUCUGAGUUGACUCAUUCGGAUGCAGAAUCAGACAAUUACAGCACUUUUGUCAGGUCAGUUCCUGUGCUUCAAAGCUCUGCCCCUCCCAUUCCUGACUAUGCAGCAUCCCAUGGGACAGAUACUCAGGUUACUGACACCAAACAGAGAGCGAUCCUGGUCAAAGAGUUAGUCACUGACGGAGCGAGCACAGACUCUGUCUGUCCCUCUCCUGCGCUGGAGAAAAUGAGCGCAGUCAAGAGUCUGGAGCUGAUAAUCGAAGAGCCGGAGACCUUUUAUGCUGCUCCUGGUUCUGUGCUGUCAGAGGAAAGUGAAGGGCCCUUGAGCCCGACGUAUCUGAGCGUGGGGUCAGACGAUGGCAGCGCCAUGGAGGUGUACUACAGCGCGGAGGAGGACAACACGGAUGAGAGCGGGGAAGAAGAGAUUCACGCGGUGGAGGAAAGAGAGGACGUCUGUGUGGUGAAAGAGAUGGAGUGGAGGGCAGGGGGAGCAAAGAGCCAGGAAGAUGAGGGAGAUGUGAGGGUGGUGGUUGUGAAAAUGCUGAAUGACGUAGGAAACGUGGGCCGAGGCGAAGAUUUCGGUGGGACAGUGGAAAGUCGACUCCAGGAAACGCUCAUGUCACACUUUCUUGUGACUAGUGAUGCAAGGUGGCAGGAGAGAGAAGGAGCAAGCAGAGCGUUGCCACAGAUUAAAGAGGAGGAGGAGGAGGAGGAGGAGGAGUUACCAGCCACACCGGUUCGGCUGGUGAACUCACUCAAGGUAUGCGAGAACGCUCCACCCUCCAGUGAGCAGCAUGUGCAGGGGGAGUGGUCACACAGAAACUGGACCAUGGACUCAGAAACAGAAGGCUACCUUCAUGGGGGGAAGCAGCUCCUGAGUCAGGAGACAGACUGUCUGUCUGACAAACAUCAUUCUGAGUACAUGCAUCCUGCUUCAAGUAACACAAAAGAGGACAGUGAGACGAAUCCCACGUCUACAGAGACAGAGAAGCCAUUUCAAAGUGCAGAAAGCGUUGAAUCCAAGAGUAACACGGUCACAGAUAUGUCUGUAACUGAAGCACAGGUCGUCACAGGCUUUUCAACACACAACACUGAGCUGCAAUCAGAUGCCACAGAGAUCGAAGACAAUAGGGCCCCGCAGAGUAGUGAGUGGGUGGAUACAAUUUCUCGGAGUGCAGACGGAGGGAGGACACUGCACGAGCAGGUGACAGUCGAGCUGUCAAGCCUUGUAACUGCAGACACUGGCACACUGCAGCCCCAGCCUGAGAGUCAGCGUGAGGGCACUUCUUCCUCAGAGAGACACGAGCUUCUGGCGCAAGUUCAGCCCAACCUGCAGCCCGGGUCCUCGACAGAUUCUAGGAGCGACUCGGCAGCUUCAGGAGGUCAGCAGACAAAAGCCGACCAGAAAUCGGUGACCAAGAUGAGUUCAGGCUACAGCAGCCUGAGCACCAAACUGACCAUAAACACCUCCUCUCCGCCUAAAGAGGAUGACUUCAAACAGCGUUUCCACAAAGUGUCUCUGAUCCCUGAGGCUGGCAGCCGGGACACGGUGGACUUCAGCGGGACAAGUGCCGAGUCAAAUGGAACAGUUGUGGGAUCAGAGUACAGGUGGAGGAAUAGGUUCGACGUGGCUUCUCAGUACAGACCAUACAACGAGGAGGAUUCCUCAGACUCUCCGUCUUACAGAACCUCCUCCUUUACCUCCUCCACAUCCCCCUCCUCUCUCCCCGGGGCUACAUCGUACAGCAGCCUGCUUAACUCCUCCUCCUUCUCCUCCUCUGCUGAGGAACACCCCACCCUUGGCGACAGGCUGAGUGACAAGACCAGAGUUUAUGUGAGCCAAGAGAGUGAGACAGCGGGGGAGCAGCCACUCGGCGAGUGGAGGAGGAGGAGCCUGGUGGAGCAGGAGGAGCCUGCUGCACCUGCAGGUGUAAGAGAGGAGAGAGGGAGAGAGUCAGAGUCAGAGUGGAUCAAGUCACGCUGGGACUCACAGGAGCAGCCAGCGUCUCUUCACACCGACACUGUCAGAGCAGACGACGACGACGAGUCUUCUCAGUUUACUGGACUGUUCAAGGCCACACUCGUGCAGCUGGUCUGCGAACCAGCAGCUCCCCCCUCCACUCCCCCUGCCUCCCCCGACGCAGACUCCUCCAACCGGUCUGAAAUGGACAGCCUGGUGGAUACACUGAAGAACAUGGGACCCUCCUUCAGGCCCAGGGGCGUGGGCCCACGCGCAGCACCUCCGGGUCUGGUGUCCUCCCUGCCUCCCAUCGUGGAGGAUGCUUCCAGCCCCAUCAAUCCUGGUCUCCCUGCCUCCCUCACAAAAACACUGGAAACCACCGGCACCGACUCUGAGGCGCAGAAUGGAAUUUACACUCUGCCUCCCGACCUGGGACUGAAGAGGAGCUUCAUCAGAGACAGUCGCUCACCUCUGGAACUGAUGAAGGAGCAACAGCCAGGAGCACGAGGCCCCACCUUGCCCUUGAGAUCUUCUGCUACCAACAGUGUUGUAAUAAGGAAUUCCUCUGACUCUUCCACUGAGGACGGGACAUCGACAGCGAUGAAUGGAAACGGAGUACUCUCGCCCACCCACACGGCCUCGCGCCUCGACAACAGCAUCAUCUUCACACGCUUCAGGUCACCGUCCUUGGAUCAAACUGGGGACAAUGACAGGGUCAGUCGCCCACUCUACCGCACCAGCUCACUGCCAGACACGGGGCCUUUGAGUGAACGCAUGAACGCGGGACCGAAGGAGCUCACAGAAGCCGGUGCCGGGAAAGACCUGCCUGGUUCCCGCUUUGAGCGCCUCUCCAUCCUUAUGAACUCCUCCUCCUCCUCAUCUGGCUCCUUGACCAACACUGAGGACAACGGUGCUCGCAUGAGUCGUCCUCCACAGCUCGGCUUCGGUUCCCCACCUUCCAGCAACAGCCCCACGCGCCUGCUCAGCCCCACCGGCUCCAUAGACCUUCACAGGUCGUUCACCACCACAGACUCUCCCUUGUCCAUGUUCGGCAGUGGGCAGGCGAUGGGGGCGGGUUUAGGUGGUGGGUCACCGGGCACUCCUGUCCUGCAGAGGAGCUUCAGCAGUGAUGGAAGCAUAGGGGUCCAGCAGAGCCCGAUGUUCAACAGCUUCCACGGAGGGUCUCCGUUCCAGAGCAAAGAACCAGAGCCUGACAGGAAUUUAAUUUCGAAAUACAGAGCCUUCCCUGAUGCUUACCUCACUAAAGAGAAGGAGCAUGGGAAGCUCAAUCCUCGUCCUGGAAAGAUGUAUAUUUUUGACCAGCCGGGAUUCUGCGGCCAGAGGAUUGAGAUACGCAGUGAUAUCACUGAUGCUACGUCUUGGGUGCUGCAGGAGACCAUCUCCAUCAGGGUCGUCAGAGGAGGAUGGGUGCUUUAUGAGAAACCCAACUUCAAGGGGGAGAAAGUCGCCCUGGACGAAGGAGACAUAGAGCUCACUAACCCCUUCAGCCCUCCAGAUGAGGAGCAGCUGCAGAACGGACAAAAGGAGGAUGAACAAAAGCAGAAUGGAGAGACCAGUGACCAGCAGACGGAGACGGCGCCACCUAGGAGGCUCAUCAUCGGCUCUCUACGCAGAGCUGUCAGGGACUACAGUGUCCCAGAAAUCAGCCUUUUCCCAGAAGAGAACGCUGAGGGCAAGAAGGUCAUCUUCAGAGACACCUCUGAUGACGCCAGGAUUUUUGGUUUCCCCAUUAAGGCCAACUCCAUCAUCAUAAAUGCCGGCCUCUGGCUUGUGUUCGCGCAGCCCUUCUUUCAGGGCGUACCACGUGUCCUGGAGGUGGGGGGUUACUCCAACCCUGCAGCCUGGGGCGUAGAACAGCCCUAUGUGGGAUCAGUGCAUCCACUCAAAAUAGGGGAGCCAAGAGUGGAAAAUGUGGGUGAACCAAAGCUGGUGAUCUUUGACAAACCAUACUUCUCCGGGAAGUCGAGGACCAUCACCACCAACAUGAGAGACUUCAUGACCAGAGUGGACAGGCAGCAGGCUGUUUUCAUGUACAACAUCGGCUCCCUUAAAGUGCAGGGAGGAAUCUGGGUCGGCUACGAGAAGGAAGGCUUCCGAGGUCACCAGUACCUGCUGGAGGAGGGCGAGUACCAGGACUGGAGGGUGUGGGGGGGCCAUGAUUCUGAGCUGCGCUCUGUCAGGCUCAUACAAGCGGACCUGACAGACCCGUUGAUGGUGAUGUUUGAACAGCUCGAGGAAGAUCAGGAAGGAAUGCAGGAGGAGAACACCUUCGAGGUCACCGAGGCCAUCCCCGACGUCGAGCUGUUCGGGUACAAAACAUCCACGCGCUCCAUCCACGUAAUCAGCGGCGCAUGGAUCGCCUACUCUCACGUGGACUUCUCAGGGAAGCAGUACAUCCUAGAGAAAGGUUUCUACACUAACUGUGCCGACUGGGGAUCGCAGGACACUCGCAUCUGCUCGUUGCAGCCCAUCCUCCUGGCUCCACGCGACAACGUUGGUGCAAGGAAUGAGAUCAUCCUUUUCUCUGAGCCAGAUCUCCAGGGCAACUGUAACAUCUUUGACCGCAACCAGCAAGUGUUGACCGAGAAAUUUGUGACCAAGUCCUGCCGAGUGGUAGGAGGAAGCUGGGUGCUCUAUGAGAAAGAACAGUAUGCUGGGGACUUGUAUGUCCUUAAUGAGGGAGAAUACCCCAAUUUGGCCAGCAUGGGGUGCCCUUCCACCUUCCCCAUCCGCUCUGUCAAGGUCGUGCCAAUGACUUUCUCAGUUCCCUCCCUCUCUCUGUUUGGCCUGGAGGGUCUGGAGGGCAGAGAGAUCACCACAGACACCGAGAUCAUCAGCAUGACCAGAGAGGGCCUCAAUAACCACAUCCUGUCUAUCAGAGUCAACAGUGGCUGUUGGGUGAUAUGUGAGUACAGCAACUACAGGGGGCGCCAAUUCGUACUGGAAACCAUUGAAAUCACCAACUGGCCAAAGUUUAGCUCACUCAAUACGAUUGGCUCGGUGUAUCCAGUCAGACAGAAACGCCACUUCUUCCGCAUCAAGAACAAAGAGAGCGGCCUCUUCAUGUCCAUCCAGGGCGGCGUGGAGGAGAUGAAGUCCGGACGAGUGGUGGUGGCGGCAGAGGCGGAGCCAAUGAGCGACAUCUGGUUCUAUCAGGACGGCUUCAUCAAGAGCAAACUGACGGCAACCAUGAGUCUCCAGGUGAUGGGAAACGUUGAGCCGUCAGCCAAGGUGGUUCUGUGGUCAGAGACUCGGCAGCCCAGCCAGAACUGGACGGCCCAGAUGAGCGGUCCGAUCAGGAGCCUCACUUUCCCUGGAAUGGUCCUGGAUGUCAAAGGUGGAAAAUCAUAUGACAAGGACCACGUGGUGAUCAUGCCAGAGAACGAGGAGAGGCCAAGCCAAGACUGGGAGUUAGAGUUGCUCUAAAAAUAACGUAUUCUCUUUCACGCAGCGUCAAUAUUACCUUUGUUUACAUCGGAAACAAAUUCCCUAAAGCGCCUUUAUGGAAAGUGAGAAGCAACUGCUGUCACAGCCCUGUGAGGUAUUUAUGUCAGUGCCUGUAUUCGUACUUGUCGUGUUGAACUUCUUCCAGUGACAACGAUUAUCCGUGAGAAAGAAGCUCAACACAGACGAGUUUAAGUGCCUUGACCUGCUGUAGUGACUCGCGUCAUCACAUGAGCUGGAAAACUAGGUUGAAUGUAUUUUUCAGGACAAACUUUUUGACCUAAAUUUGACCAUUUUAAGUAUUCACACUCUUCCACACAUUCCCGACCGUGUUUUUACUGAUAUGAAUUAAUGCUUUUAAUCAUUUUGUUUACAAUGUAAAAAACAAACAAACAAACAAACAAAAAAAACCUUAUGACUUUUUAAUUUCUUAACUUCUGGAAAUUGUUUUCCUGCUAUUGCUUUAUACACAUGGGGGUUGAAUAAAGCCAAAGGACUGUGUGACAUGCAAAAAAAAGUAUGUUAUGCUUUUUAAAGAUAUUUUUAUAUAUUGUAUAUGUAUUGCUGUUGUGUGGGAAAUAUUGAGUAUAUUACAUAGUAUAUUACAUGCAGUGAAAUGGGUUGUAUAUGUCCCAUUUUGUGUCAAGUUACCCUAUUACUGUGUUGUUGUUUGUUUGUUUCUUUGUUAAAUUGUUACAUAUAAAUCUGUCGCCUCAUCAGCUGAAUGUUAAUAUUUGAUACAGAAGCUUUGUAAUGUUGGAAGUGACGUUCUGGGGAGUGGUUUUGAAAUGUUGAAAACAAAAAUAAACAUUCUUAAAUAAAACCAA